AUGACCGUGUUCGUGCGCGGGCUCGAGCUUGCUUCUGAAGCCGGCUCCCUUUCGCGGCCCGACGAGUGGAGCCGCUCGUCUGGGCUGAUUGAGCUUCGCGGAAUUUUUACUCCCUCUCGUGUCUGUGCCUGUGUCUGUGUGUCUGCACACACAUGUGUUGCCUUCGCGACGUCAACUCGUUUGAGCAUAACUUGUGAUCUAGACUCUACAGCUCCGCUCAGUCGUCCCAGAAGGUUGCCGGGGCGGAGGUGA